CUUCCCAAGUACUUACAUUAUUAUUUUACGUAAUAAAAAUACAUCAAAUUUAUCGUGUUUCUAGUUCCUUCCAUUUAUUUGCACAAAAUCUUAAAUCAAGUGUGUUAUGUAUUCCACCGUACCAGGCAUCCCUUCAGCCCUUCCUGCCUAAUGACAACUUCAUCGUCGACUUAACUGCAGUCAGCUGAGAUGAUCCACAGUGUAUUCCUCAUUAAUCACACGGGAGACAUCUUCCUGGAGAAACACUGGAAGAGUGUCAUCAACCGGAGCGUGUGUGACUACUUCUUCGAAGCCAAGGAGAAGGCGCUGGAACCCGAAAAUGUGCCUCCCAUCCUCCAGACCCCGCACCACUAUCUCAUUAAUAUAUACAGAGGGAAGAUCUUCUUCAUCGCUGUCAUCCAGACUGAAGUGCCUCCACUGUUUGUCAUUGAAUUCCUGCACAGGGUUGCAGACACACUUCAGGACUACUUUGGCGAAUGCUCCGAAAGCGUGAUCAAAGCCAACCUGGUGACGGUGUACGAGAUACUGGAAGAAAUGCUCGACAACGGUUUUCCACUGGCAACCGAGUCCAACGUACUCAAGGAGAUGAUCAAGCCUCCCACCAUCCUUCGGUCGGUCGUCAAUACUCUGACGGGGGGGAGCAACGUUGGAGACACGCUCCCCACAGGUCAAUUGUCCAGUAUUCCCUGGAGGCGUGUUGGUGUUAAAUACACCAACAAUGAAGCAUACUUUGAUGUUAUUGAGGAAAUCGAUGCCAUUUUGGACAAAUCAGGUUCCACGGUGUUUGCAGAGAUUCAGGGUGUGAUUGAAGCCUGCGUCCGACUCACGGGGAUGCCUGACCUCACUCUCUCCUUCAUGAAUCCCCGUCUCCUAGACGACGUCAGCUUUCACCCGUGUGUGCGGUUCAAGCGCUGGGAUUUGGAGCGCGUCCUCUCCUUCAUCCCGCCCGACGGCAACUUCACCCUCAUGACUUAUCAUGUCAGCUCACAAAAUCUGGUGGCCAUCCCGGUGUACGUGAAGCAGAACAUCAGCUUCAUGGAGACGGGUUCGUGCGGCCGUCUGGACGUCACAAUCGGACCCAAGCAGACGAUGGGGAAAACGGUGGAGGGCUUGCUGGUCACCAUCCACAUGCCUAAAGCCGUGCUAAGUGCCAACCUCACGGCCACACAGGGGAACUACACGUACGACCUCGUCACCAAGGUGUUGGUUUGGGAUGUCGGGAAGCUGAACCCCCAGAAGCUUCCUAACCUGCGAGGCAGCCUGAGUGUGCAGCCAGGCGCUCCGAAACCUGAGGAGAACCCCUCGCUCAACAUCGACAUGAAGAUCCAGCAGCUGGCCAUAUCAGGCCUGAAGGUGAACCGUCUGGACAUGUACGGGGAGAAGUACAAACCCUUUAAAGGGGUCAAAUACCUCACCAAAGCUGGGAAGUUCCAAGUCCGGACCUGACUCAAUCACAACUCCACAAUCACGCUGCACACCCAACAUUCCAAAUCUAGCCAAACCUCAGCCUUAUUAACAAAUAAUUUUGCAUUCUAACAGUUAUUUAUUAAAUACGCGUUAUGGCAUUACAGGCUCUGUAAAAAUCAAGCGGCUUAUUUGUGGCCUCUGAAGGGGAGCCUGAAUAAUGAUGAUAAUAAAAUAGAAAAGGUCACAUGGAUGAUGAAUCCAUGUGACCGUUUCUAUUUUCACAUAAUUUCAUCAAAUGUUGUUUUGCCGAAGGGAAUAUUUUGCUUUGUGAAAACAACACAAUCAUGUCAAGUUAUUGAAAUAUUGCUUGUAUGUUGCUUUCUUGCACAUCAUUUUACUACUUAUAUAAUGAAAAACUACACAAUGUUUUAGCACAUGUUUACUCUGUAAUGUGGCCUUUUAAGGUGCCUUGUUCAGGACAUUAUAACAACAAUCUAUGGUUUAUAGAUUGGGUGCAAGAUAAGUGUCUCUUGUGUAUUAUCUGCACACUACUAUGUCAGGCAGUGACUGGCUUUGGGGAACACCUACUUAGAAAUAUCCUCAACCUUUAUGUGUUCUUGAACGCAACUUCUUAUCUUAGCCUGGUAUUUUCACAACCCUUUCUCUACAGGAAAAAGUUGCAUCAGUCUCAACUUCAGUGCACAAGAGGUCUUAUAAAAAUAUUUGAGUAUAAAAUGUACUCUUGUUUGUGUACCCUUCUUUUACGUUAAUGGGCAAUUUUGGACCUUUACUGUUCUUUUUGUCCAGUGGUUCCCAACAUUUCCCUUAAAAGAAUUUAUUUUUCUUGCACCCACUACGGAAGUAGGAAGAUGUGAAAUUCAUAACAGUCACAAUAAUAUAAUUAAUUUAAAGACAGCUUUCAGAAUACCUGAGGACACCAUACAUGAAACUAUUAAAAAUACAGUUGGCUACAUCUAAAAACCAACAACCAAAGUAAAUGAUAGCAAAAUAAAAUAAGAGUGACUUAAACUAUUUAAAUGUUUUAGCAGAUAUGAACGUGGUAAGAAAGUAUAUUGGUAAUGAUUCUGCAAUUCUGCCAAUAAAAAACAAAAAUGACUGAGGUAUAUUCUAAAUUUAAUAGAGUGCAAUGUUGCAACAUUUCUUCACUCUGUUGCUGUAAAAUUUCAAGAUAUUAAAUUUUACAUGUGUUUAACAUGAA